CUUAGGAUUGGGUCCGAAACCAAGCCUAGGCCCAUAGAAACACAGGUAGUCCUGCUUAAUCGAAAUAGAGGAAGCAAAGUUGAAGGCUGUAACUGAUCCUGUAAGCUUGUUUCAUGUCUUCGAUGAGGAAGGCCAAAAAGCAGCGGAUGGUUUACAAGGAGGAUGCGGCGCGCAAGGCCGAAGAGCUGGAAGAAUUCCUCUUCGGUGUUCGCAGCGACCCGUUAAGCAUAUUAAACCGUACGGAGAAGGAUGACAAGGACAGCGUUGCAGAACUUGUUAAGGAGGCUGGGCGUGGCGAGGGUCUGAUCCAUAACGCGGAUGUAUUCUUUGAGGACAAGAGUGGGGCUGCAGACAUAAGUAGUGACGAAGAUGAGGCAGAUGUGGAGGAUACCAAGGGGCGGAGGGAUGGCGGUAGCGACAGCGAGGGCAGCUCUGCGGAAAAGCAGGCCGAUGGCGGCGCGUUAAGCAGCAGUGAGGUGGGGCUGGAUGACGGGGACGAGGAGGCGGCUGCGGACAAGGGUGCACCUACGGCCACUGUGUGCAGCUCGGCGGGCGCUGGGACGGCGGGGCGACAGCAGCAGCGGCAAGAGGGGCGGGAGGCGCCACAAGGUGGCCCCCGGGUGCCCGUGUGGCAGGACCCCCACGAUGCGGAGGUGCGGGUUGACGUGGCGAAACAGGCCCGACUGCGCAAGCUGAGAGCCAGCGACAAGCAAACAACCAUGGGAGGUGCUGAGUACGAGGCGGCUCUUCGGCGGCAGCACGAGGCGCUCAACCCGCGGACCAGCUGGGCGCGCAAGCGGCAGGGCGUGGCAGAGGCUCGGGUGGGGCGCGACACGGAUGUUGAGGAUGAAGGAGCGGAGGGAGCGACGCUGCUGGGCUGCGCGGGCGGUUUGACAGAGCGCGCUGGUUCGGGUAUGGGCGCGCUGCCUGCCGGGCAGCUGGAGACCACCCGGUUACGGGAUGCCAACCAGCAUCAGCCCAGUGGGGCAGUGGUGCAGGCUGUGAGGUUCCACCCCAACGGACAGGUGUUCCUGACUGCGGGUCUAGACAAGACGCUGCGGCUGUUCCAGGUUGACGGGGUGCGCAAUGAGCUACUUCAGGGGCUGCACCUGGACGACCUGCCCAUCACGGACGCCGCCUUCGCCUCCUCAGGAGGGGCAGCAGCGGGAGUUAGCAGUGGUGCGAACCGGGUGGUGCUGGCGGGCCGGCGGCCCUUCCUCUACCUGUUCGACAUGGACGCGGCGCGGGUGGAGCGCGUGCCGGGCCCCACGGGGAUGGGUGCGGCGGCGGGAAGGCUGCGGUCGCUUGAGAGUUUCACAGUGGCGCCGCCGGGGUGCUCCCCUACAUCUGAGCCGCUAGUGGCGUUCGCAGGCGACGCGGGCUUCCUGCCGCUGCUGUCACUGCGCAGCCGGCAGUGGGUGGGCAACCUUAAGAUGAGUGGCAACGUGCGCGCGCUGGCGUUCACGCACGACGGCACGGAGCUGUGGUCAACAGGCGACGACGCCCUUGUACACGUAUGGGACCUGCGCACUGGCCGCUGCCGCCUGGUCUUCAGCGACUUGGGAAACAUCCGCGACGCCUCCAGCCUGGCCCUCUCGCCUGACGGCCGCUAUGUGGCCACCGGCUCGUGCUCGGGUGUCGUCAACGUGUACCGGCGAGGGGAGCUGGAGGAGGCGGCGGCACGGGCGACCAGCGGGGCGGUGGCGGGCGCGGGGCCGGGGAGAGUGACGCUGGCGCCUGCUAGGGAGCUGAUGAACCUGACCACCAAUGUGGAUACCCUCACGUUCAGCCCGGACUCGCAGAUGCUUGCCAUGGCCUCCCGCAUGAAGCAGAACUCCCUGCGCCUGGUGCACCUGCCUUCGCUGACGGUGUUCUCAAACUGGCCAACCGCCCGCUCGCCGUUGCAUUACGUGCACUCGCUGGACUUCAGUCCGCACUGCGGCCUGCUGGCGGUGGGGAACGCCAAGGGCCGCGCGCUGCUCUACCGCUUGCACCACUACGAGCAGGCGUGACGUGGUGGGCGUUGGGGAGGGAACUGGGCCUGAUAGCUUGUACUGUCGUUUAUGAGGUGCUGGGCGGUGCCGGAUGGGUGAAGACUGAAGGGGACUAUAAUGUGCCGGAUGGGGGGUUGAUGGCAUGUCUAGCUAUAGCAAUGGUGACCUGAGGACAAAGAAACGUACAAGCACUUUCCUUUCGAGGGAUUACUGACGAGAUGGAGACAAGGAUGGUCUACUUUGCGAAGGACUUGCUAGAAAUGUUCGCAGCAGGACGCAUGGGUCGGUUGCUUGCAUGGUUCGUCGUCCUGUGGUCCCGCUCUGUUUGCUGCUGGCGGCAGCCGCUUGCAUUCCUUAACUGCCGUUGUGUAGGUAUCCUGAUGGUGAGGCGUGUCCUACUGCCGGGACGUGGCCCUUACUACCCUCCCACUACCUUACGUGGCAUGCCAUGGAAUGAUUUCGGUGUCGGUACUCAAGCUUGGGUGCCUAUUCGGUUUGCCUAGUUUCCCUGGUUGUGUUGGCUUAUUCGUGGUGCAACAAUGCAGUACCGUCUGCACUUCGGGCCACUAGUGCACUAUAAACAUUGGGGCGGCGACGGGCGGUGGGUUUCGCUGUGGACACUUGAAUGGACGUUUCCUUAACAGGACGGGCGGCUGGGAUAUGUCUGCUGGCCAUUUCGGCCCUUCUUGCUGUAACAUGAACUGGCAGGGAUGAGCAAUAAGGGCUCCAAAUGUGUUCAACAGGUGUGCUCCAGAUGUGUUCAAGAUGUGUGGAUAUACAUGUUACGGAGAUGUGUGGAUAUACAUGUUAGAGCAGGGGCGAUGCAGUGGAGAUACCAGACCGAAACGAUCUCAUGGCCUGCUGUGCGCCCGCGCGUGGGGAUGCAUGCAUUGGCGGGGCUCGUACGUCUAGGUACGAAGGGGCUGCUGUCUGGGUUGGUGCCAUUUCAAGGGUGACGUUUGCCGCACAUGCUUGGGGGAGGGGAGUCCCCCGUAUCUCUGUGCACGCAGGUACUUCUCCUUUGUAUCGGUAUCUGUCUUACGUGUUGCGUGGCUUGCGUCCUUUGUUUUUUGUCUGUGUUCGAUGACGCGGUGGGAUUUCAGGCCAUCUUUGUCAGCAUCCCAGACAGCUGGCGACUAAUGGCUAGGUAGAUCCAUAUUUGGUAAGAUUUAUUAACAUCCAGGCAAGUUCGGCUUGACUAGCUCGGUUCCAUUCACCAGGAGCUCGUCGGCUUGUUGCCAUUCUCAAUUGGCACAUUGGAGUAGGUAUUUCUGCCCUGCUCGUUUGAGCUCAGGCAACACAGGAACAUCACGGGG